UGACAACUCAUCGGGGCGGGGUCAAGACAGUAAAUAGGAAGUGAAGAACUUGUGACAGAAAGAUGAGUGUUCUGCUGUAAACGUUUAAUACCACGUAGGCUUCCACUUUUGCAUUUUCAUUUUUAUUCUUAUCCAGCACCGCGCCGAACAUGCAGCCAAUUCGGAAACGUCGGGACAACGAUUUAACGUUUCGAACAAAUACACCAAAUAGCAGCAUACUUGGUUCGAAGCAGAACAUGCCACAGAAAAAAAGGAGAAAAGAAGCUUUCCAUUUCGACUUAUGGUUCUGCCUGACCCUGCAGAACUGGAUUCUAGACUUUGGACGGCCUAUUGUCAUGAUCAUCCUUCCACUUGAGUGGUUUCCUCUGAACAAACCAAGUGCUGGAGACUAUUUCCACAUGGCCUACAAUGUCAUCACACCUUUCCUCAUGCUUCGGUUGAUCGAGCGCAGUCCGAGGGUGCUGCCUCCCUCAGCAGUCUACCUCUGCAUCAUCACUUUUGUCAUGGGAGCCAGCAUCCACCUGGUAGGAGACUCCAUCAACCACAGACUCAUUCUGAGUGGCUACAAGCUCCAUCUGUCAGUCAGAGAGAACCCGAUCAUGAGAGACCUCAAACCUGCUUCAUUGAUUGACUCUUUUGAGCUGCUGUAUUAUUAUGACGAACAUCUGGGACAUUUAAUGUGGUACAUUCCCUUCUUCAUCAUUCUCUUCAUCUACUUCACUGGAUGUUUCACGGAGCCUACAGAGCAGAAGAUUCCAGUCAAAGGGCAGCUGUUACUUGCACCCAGCGCACUCUAUUACUGGUACUUGGUCACUGAAGGACAAAUCACUGAACUCUUUCUCCUCACCUUCUUUGCAAUGGUGGCUGUGGUGAUUUAUCAACGGCAUCAUGGCCUGAGGCCAGACUGCAAUGGUCUGUUCUUGUUCUAUAGUUUCAGUGUUACUGUGCUUCUGGUGGCACUCUGGGUUGUCUCUCUAUGGAAUGACCCGGUGCUCCGCAAAAAGUACCCUGGAUUGAUCUAUGUUCCGGAACCCUGGUCCUACUACCUGUUACAUGUAAAGAAUUGGAGGUGACAAGAUAUAAUAGCCUGUGACCAAGGAACAACAAGGUCUAUGUUCCAAAAAUUCUGUUAUACCUGUUUUACAAUGUGUUAAUAAUUUUUGUAUUACGUAUUGUCUUUUAGACACCACUCUGUUAAAAGUAGAGUUUGCAGUUUAUAAAAAACACUUUUUGUCAUAUAUGUUAGAACUGUCUGUAUGACCUGACAGUAAAAUAUUAUUAAAAUGAUCUUUUGAAAAAUCA